AUGCUUUUCACCUGGAAUUACAAAAAUCUCUGUAUUAUCUUCAGCUGGUGGCAUAUCAGAUCAUUGUUGGGUUUAGUUUUCUCCUUGCUUCUCCUUGUGUUGAUCAGUGCAGGUUACGAGUGGUUGAAAUACAAAAUUCUGAAAUACGAAAAGUCGUUAACUGGAAAUGCUUUGCUUCCCAACACUCCAUCCACAGGAGAUAUAAUAAAAAUUCAACAGAAAAAAAAGAUAAUCAACUCAUUCCUAUAUGGUCUUCAAGUCGGUUAUUCUUUUAUGCUAAUGCUCGUUUUUAUGACCUAUAAUGGCUGGGCUAUGAUUUCGGUUGUUGUUGGAGCAAUUCUAGGAAAGUACUUAUGGAACACUGAACCUUCACUUAGGUCCAUAGCUUGUCACUGA